AGCCCGCCCACUGUCGGAGUGCCCGCCCAAUGAGGUGUCGGAGGAGAGAAGUGAUCGGAGUUCGGGCUGUGUGUAACCUGCACAGGAGUGACUUGUAAGAUGCGUGCGGCGGCCCUUUUCCUUACCUUGAUGCAUGGCUUAGCACUGUGUGCUGGUGAAGCAGCUAGUGAUAGUUCCACUCCCAAGCUAAUCCUGGUAUCAUUUGAUGGGUUCAGGGCGGACUAUUUAUUAAACUUCUCGCUGCCUAACCUCCAGGAGUUCAUCAGCGAUGGAGUACUGGUGAGGGAGGUGACAAAUAUCUUCAUCACAAAGACUUUCCCCAAUCAUUAUACAAUAGUGACCGGUUUAUAUGCUGAAAGCCAUGGCAUGGUAGCCAACUCCAUGUAUGAUUCCACCACACAUCAGAUCUUUAAUUUGUCCGACAUUACUUCUAAGACUGACCCAUUUUGGUGGAACCAAGCAACUCCCAUCUGGGUGACCAACCAACAGACGGGACGAAGAAGCGGCUCAGCAAUGUGGCCUGGCAGCGAUGUAAAGAUUCAGAAUACAACCCUUGAUGACUUCUUGCCGUACAACCACAGCGUCACCUUCGCCGAGAGAGUCGAUAACAUCGCUGCUUGGUUUACAAGACCUAAUGAUCCCAUCAACUUUGCCACACUCUAUUUUGAGGAACCUGAUGCUAGCGGGCACCAGUUUGGACCUGAAGAUAAAGAGAACAUGGCCAAAGUGUUGACCGAGAUAGAUGAAAAUGUUAAAUAUUUGGUGUCGAAGCUAAAGGAGGCAAAGCUUUGGGAUACAGUGAAUGUGAUUAUCACUAGUGACCAUGGAAUGGCCCAAUGCUCAAAGGAGAGAGUUAUUGUACUGGAUGAUUGCAUUGGUCGCGGGAACUAUACCUUGGUGGAUUUCACUCCAGUUGCUGCAAUUCAUCCACUUCAAGAGGUCAGCUAUGUGUACAAUCUGCUGAAGAACUGCAGCAGUCACAUGACAGUCUACCUGAAGGAGGAGAUUCCAGAUCGUUAUCAUUACAAGCACAACGGCCGGAUCCAGCCUAUCAUCAUGGUGGCCGAUGAAGGAUGGACAAUAGUGCAGAAUGGAUCUUCCCACAUAACCUUGGGAAACCACGGUUAUGACAACACCCUCCAUAGCAUGCACCCUUUCCUAGCUGCCCACGGGCCAGCCUUCCACAAGGACUAUAAGCUGGGCACAAUAAACAGCGUGGACGUGUACCCCAUGAUGUGCCACAUUCUCGGACUGAAGCCCGAAGCCAACAAUGGAUCACUCUCCAACACCAAGUGUUUGCUGACCGACCAGUGGUGCAUCCGGGUGCCAGAAGCCAUUGGUAUUGUGAUGGGCACCCUCAUGGUGUUCACCACUUUGACUUGUAUUGUGAUCAUGUUCAAGAAGAAAUUGCCUUCAGGACGUCCGUUCACGCGGCUGAGGUUGCAGGAUGACGACGAUCCUUUAAUUGCGUGAUUUAGAAAAAUGUGAGCACCGGAACAAAUGCACUUUUGGCAAUAUACACUAUAUUACCAAAAGUAUUGGGACGCCUGCCUUUACACGCACGUGAACUUUAAUGACAUCCCGGUC